AUGACGUCUAAAGCCCAGACCACUUCGGUUGCUAGUGUCGGCAGUAUACAGCCAAAUAGGCAGGAAUGUCUACAAUGUGGGAGACGCCACUUGGGCGAAUGCCGAGUAAAUGAGAGGGGAUGUUUUAAGGGUUGUUCGUUAGACCACUUUAUCCGAGAUUGUCCCGAAAUAAAUGACAAAGAGAAAAAUCAAGAGGUGAGGGCGAGUAAUGCUCCUUUGAGGGGCAGACCCCAAAGAAAUACGGGCAGUGGAGCUAAUAGUAGAGGCAGGACUAGAGAUGCAGUGGUGAGGUCCGAGGGCAGAGCGCCUACGAGGACUUAUGCUAUCUGUGCCUGUGAGGAGGCAAAAUCUCUUGAUGUGAUUAUGGAGCAUUUGAGAACUGUGUUGCAAAUCUUGAGGGAUAAGCAACUUUAUGCCAAGUUUAGUAAGAGCGAGUUUUGGCUCAAGAUGGUUGAGUUUCUAGGACAUAUAGUGUCGGGUGAUGGAAUCCGAGUUGAUCCAAAUAAGAUCUCCGCCAUUGUGGAGUGGAAACCACCGAGGAAUGUGACAGAGGUUCGCAGUUUUCUGAGGCUAGCGGAAUACUAUAGAUGA